CUCUUCAGAAAUGCCAACUCCAAAUCAUCAACAGCGGGAAUUUUUCUCGAAUUUCGUCCCCGAUGGCAUUACUCUGGGGCAAUGGUGGGUUCAAGUGUUGGCCCUAGACAAACUGGUCUCCGUACAAUCUCUGUAAACCACUGAAGCUGACACAUGGCUGUUGACUAGCAUGGCUAAUCAUUUAGACAGUUUUCUCUCCGAUCCUUCACCAGUACCCCUGUCGACACAAUCUGACCUGGUGGCCAUCACUAACACACCUGACCCAGCCAGUAACAGUGUGCCAGAGCAGCCAACUUGUAUCGCCGUGAAAAUUGCUUCAUCAGAUAAUCCAGAUCCAUCCUCCUGCACACGUAGUCUACCUGAGGUUAAGCCAGAGGCUGACACAAACCCAGGCCCGGUUAGUGACGUACAGAAGACAUGUUCAGCAGAUGAUUCAGGAGAAGUUAAUGCUAGUUGCAGCCCAAUUCCAAAUGGCAGCCCCCAAGAACCUGCCGGAAACAAUCCCCACACCUCAACAGAUAUUCACCACAAGGCAGCAGAAGACCCUCAUCCCUUCCCCUUGGGCAGCAGUUUGGGGGCAGGUGGGGAGAAGAGUCCUAAGAACUUUCAGGAGGCAUCUUCACAAAACCAUCCUGACCCGGAAAAAAAUGUACAAGGGUCUGCUUGUGAGAAACAUUCAGAAAAGAGCCUGAAUCCAGGGCGAGAGACUAAUGCAGCUGAUAUUCUUACCAAAGAUUCCAGUGAGCAAGCUGUUUCAAAUUCCACAGAGACAAGCUCUCGACGAUCGGAACGUAAAGCCAAGGCAUUUGCCCGAGUUAGACUCGUGCUCGCUCACGAACAGUUGAUUGAUGACGACAAUUUUCUGGGAUUCACAAACAGAAAAACUUACCUACCUCCAAAGAAAAGAAAGAAACUUUGUCAGUUUAAGGCUGAACACCACCAAGUUAAGCCCAAACUGCCCAAUUCCACGGCUGUGUCUGGGUCAAAAAAGGGCUCUAACAGGCAAAAGGUAGAAUGCACAAGCACUGGUAAGGCUUCACAAGUGAAGGAUAAAAUCAAAAAAAAGCAAACCGAUGAAUCCCUGAAGAAAACAUCUUCAGUUUCGACUGGUGAAGAAAACAGUUGUGGGACUGAUAACGCAGCUAAAAAAAAUAAUAUCAAACCCAAACGCACAAUACCCAAGUUGGAAUGGUUUAACUGUGAUUACUGUCAUUACAAAACCAGUAAUAAAUAUUACAUCAGACGUCAUGAAAUGACACACGAAAAACCAAAAAUCUCCUUUGAAUGCCAUUAUUGUGAUUAUGUUACGAAAAGCGUCAUUCGUUACAAAGAACAUGAAGCGCAGCACACACAUGAAAAACCCUUCAAGUGUCAGCACUGUGACUAUUGCUCACGAAGCUACACAGAUUUUAGAAGACAUCAAGCAAAGCAUGCAUCGGAAAAGAAGUACAAGUGUCCACACUGUGAUUUUACAACCAAGUGGUCGCGCAAUGUCAGCCAUCAUGUGCUCAAGCAUACAACUGCUCGCCCUCACAAGUGUCAUAUCUGCGGAUUCUCCUUCAAACGAAUUCAAGACCUUAAGUACCAUUUGUAUCGCCACAACGAUGUGAAGCCAAUAUCAUGCGACCGUUGCGACUUCAAGUGUAAAACGAAUUACGAGUUGAGGUGCCACAAGUUGAAGCACAGCGAUGAGAGAUUCUUUGCUUGCACACAUCCAGGCUGCGGGCAGAAAACCAAAACCAAAUCGGAUCUGACAAAACACAUGAACAUUCACAACGUGGAAAAAAAGUACAUAUGUGGAGUGUGUCAGAAAGGGUUCAAUGCCAAGUCAACUUUAGCGAAGCAUGUUAGGAUUCACGGAGACCGGGUGCUGCUUAAAUGUGACAUUUGUCAGAAGAAUCUGAAGACACGUGCUAGCCUUCAAGGUCAUCUGAAACUUCACCAGGGUCUUUAUCCAUUCGCCUGUGAUAUCUGUCACAGACGCUUUGCGGUCAAAUGGAAUCUUUUGAAGCACCAGGAAACUCACACUCUUGGCGGCCGACCCUAUAGGUGCCCCAUUUGCCCGUAUGGGGCCAGAACAAUGGAGCACCUUCUCACUCAUAUCGGUUCCAUGCAUGGGAAAUCCUACGCCUACUUUUGUGAGAUUUGUCGAAAACCCUUCAAGAGGUAUGGUCAGCUUAAAAUACACAUGGGCAGAAUGCAUGAAACAACACUCAGCCAAACUGCACCUUUGAAUAUGGAGUCUAUGCUGAAGGAAGUGGAACCAGAUAUUAAAAAGGGAAUCAAAGAGGAGGAACUUGCGUCAAUAGGAGAGGGAGGCUUAGAACUUGUGGAGGUGAAACAGGAGCCAGUUGAGACGCUGUCCCUGGAUCCCACAAAUGUGGCUGCCUUGAUAACAGAUAAUAGUUCUCAGUGUACAGCCAGUGAGACGAGAAGUGAACCAAGCAUGUCACGUGGUACAGUGGACCAGUCAGACAUUGUGGGCACAGAACUCAAACCAGAAAUGAACCCUUCUUUGAUUGAGGAAGGUAAGCCUGUGGCGACAGUUGGUAUUUAUAACGGCUUUACUUUACCACUUGCUACAAAAGGAUUCGAAUUCAAUUUGGAAAAACGGGGUAAAAAGCCAGACUCAUGGUUUAUGGAUCUCCAAAACAUGCCAAGUAAAGCUGCAGACAAACACAAGCAAUACUUGUACAAAAAAGAGCAUGGAUUACUCGUCAAUCACAAGCCAAGACUACCCAAGGACAAGGCAGAGCGGGAAGCUGAAAGACGGAGACGUAAAUUGGAGAAAUUCAUCAUUUCCUGUAGAGUCUCCACCAAAAGCGACACAACUCUGAUAUUCCAAACAGAGAAGCAGAAGAAAAAAUGUCUUAAACUGAAAAAGAAAGUCUUGUAUAAGUCGAUGAAAUGUAACACUGUAGCAGCUCUGCUGCAGAGAUCGGAAAAAAAUAAAGGUUGCUCAUCAGAACUAUUCAUCACUGAUCAGCCACGCAAAAUAAAGAGCCAGUCAAAAUGCAAGCGUAAGAAAAAGUCAGGGGUGCAGGCAGAGAAGAUACAAUCUUCAAGUACGCGGGCGUAUGCUGAUGUUAAAGGUAAGGAAGAGGCAGAUAAUGAAGCAAAUGUUGGAUUGCCUUUAAAAGAAACCUUCCCAAAUACAGACAUAUCUGAAUCUCCUCAGACAUCAGUUCCAUGCAGCACUGACCCCAACCGUUCUAACAAUAUGACAAGCCCUGCAGUUAUUUGUGAGACAAAUAUCUCCACAGGGAAUGUGCCUGUAAAGAGAAAGCGAGGACGUCCAAAAGGAUCGAGGAACAAAUGCUUACAACCAUCCUCACAAGACAAAGCCUUAACUCACACAAAUACUGAAGGACCAGUGUGCAUAACUAAGCAGCCCCGCAAAUGUGCAGUGAAAACAAAAGUUAAACGUACUCUAAGGAGUGGAACAGAGACGUGGAAUUCGGCUGAAAAAAUCAAAUCAGAUAAUGAGAAAGGUGUUGGUGAUAUUCAGCCGAUGAGUUUGGAUGAAAUUCCUGAAGAAACAGCAACGUCCUUUGAGUACCAGAAAGAUGAAUUAGCAGACAACAGAAAACCCUUUAUGAUUAAGAAUGAAUGUGUCAUGGCACCGACAUUGAAUACAAAGAAACCUACAUCCGCAGAAGAAUCAAAGAAUGUCUUGUCAGAUGCCUGUAUUGUGGUUAAACGAAAGAGAGGAAGACCCAAGGGUUCGUUGAACAAGAAAACCUUAGCCCGCAUGGCCUCCACGAAAGCCUCUACCACCUUGAUAGGAAAAGGUGAACAGAGCGAGAAAGAGUUGGAGCUCGCCUACACAGAAGCUAACCAAGAUUACCCAGGUCCAUCCCCAGUGUGCUAUCCAAAUUUCCCAUCAUCAGAGACACCUGAUGUUGUAGCAGAGGACAAUGCCACUGUUCAAACACAGCCAGAGCUAGAGGUUAAGUCACUGGAGAAGAGAAAGGAGAAAUUCCACAAGGAAAGUGAAGCCCAGGCCAACAUACGCCAAUGUUCUGUCGCAUUGUCAGUAAUAAGAGACAAUUCUCUAAAAACAGGAUGUCUGCACUUACCCCCAGAAAAUCCUGUUGAGACUGUUGUGUUGAAGAAGGAUGGGAAUUUAGAGGCCAAACUGGAAGAUCCUGCCAUCAGAGACACAGGUGGCCUGGUUGAAAUGUCCUCCAUACCAGAUGCUUCAAGUUCAUCAGAUGACCAGAAGGGCAGCCAUGUUUCAGCAGUUGGAGAUUCUAAUGUACCGCUUAGUGCCCCUGCCAUCUGUGGUGGAAAUGAAACGUCAAAUGUGGGCAGGAAAAGAAGGAAGCCGAAUAAGAGCGAAAUACGACGAAAAUGUAGAAAGCCAGGAAGUUGUCAAGUUGGUCUGUUCUCAUGUGUUUAUGAAGAUGGAAACGGGUCAUUGACAUCAACAGGCCCUACCCACGCCACUUCUGAAGUGUGCAUUAAAGCAGAGGUUUUGUCUGAUGAUGCCGAUGGCAUAUCAGUUAGGAAGCCUUCGGAGCGAACCUUCCAGACCAAUGCAUCAACCACUGUAUCUAUGAAUGCGUCUCCCAAAACUAACGCAGCAUUCCUUGAACCACAUAGGGUUUCCGAUGAUCACAGCAAGACGAGAUCAAAUCCAAAUAUACUGACAGCAGGCAGUGAGAAUCUGGUUAAGCAAGAGCCAAUGUGCGUGGGUGUAUCUGUUGGAGAAACUUUUCAUGACAAUAGAGGCGAUGACAAUUGCCCAGACAACCUGACAUUGGACAACUCUUUCUUCAAGUAGAGUUUGCCCUUUUCUUUAUUAGUCUCAAGGUCAUUGUAUCAUUUUUACAGAUAAUUGUAAUAAGAUUGAACCUAUCUGAACCUUUCUAGUUCCAAAUUUGAUCAAAAUAGGAUUACACCAAACCAAAUUGAAUGCACUUUAUUUUCAGAUUUUAUCCAAACUAAAUUUGGUAGCUGUUUCAAAGGUUUUUGAUAUAUAUAUUGUCAGGAAAAAUAGUGUACUAGAUCAAAGAAAGGUAUGACCGAUGUAGCUCUGUAGACAACUCCUUUUGAAUAGGUAGAAGUUAGCAGAGAGAGCAUAUUUGUAACAGCUCAUUAAUCAUCAUUUCAUCAGAACCUGUUUCUGUACAGAUUCAGUGUGGAUUUUUUUUUUCUUGUAACAAAGUUAAUUUUAGGAUCAACACCUCAGCCCUAUGUCUCAGACUUCAAUCGUCAUUAUUGUUUCUCAGAAUUGAUCAUCACCUACAUGUUGUAUUUAACAUUUUGUUCUCUCACUUUUAUCUGAACCUGUUCUGAUACAGAUUUUGAGUAGGCUUUUUGUCUUGUAAGAAAAUUAAUUUCUCGACUAAGACCUAGUCCAAAGUUCAACAUAUCUGUCUCAAACUUUUCCUCAUGGUUGUUUUUUUUUUCAGAAUAGAUCAACAUCUAGCCUCUUAACAUUUUGUUAUCAUGCUUCAUCUCAUUUUUUGAUUGACACACAAGUUUUAUUGUGUACACUUGUAUACACAUUGUCACUGUUAAUUGCACCCAGAUGUUACUGCCAACAAUAAUUUACAUUUUUU